AUGAUUGAGGGCAGCGAGGAUGGGCUACGAGACGACGAGCUCGAUCUGGGCCAUGAUGAGCCCGAACAGCUGACGAAGGGUCAGAAUGGCGUUUCGGACGAGGGUGAACGGAUAGACGGGGCGAAGGAUCGGCUGGCUGUUGUCGAAGAGGAUUAUGGGGAGAUGCAAGGCCCCAAUGGUGAGGCCAGCCCUGUGAAGGGGUCGGGAGGGGAGGAGAAGGAAGCUACACUGUCGCCGCAAGGGCAGGUCGUCGGAGCGCCAGGCAGCGUUGAUGGAACUGCGUCUAUACCAGAUGACACGCCGUCAGUUCAUGGGUCUCUUCUAUCGUCGCCAGCUAGCAGUGCGCUGGCUUUUCGAAACUCUCCCCGAGCCACGCCCAGCCCGUCGCAUCGCCCCUUUGACCUUCGCUUCCAGUCACGACUGUCAUCGUCGUCGCCUACCGGCUUGCGCUCGGCGUCUCCGUUCCUCUUGCAUUUCCAUUCCCGCCAGUCGUCGCUGAACAGCCGCCUCUCCCCCGCGACAAUCGAUUCCGAAGCCGAUACCCCUCAAGGCCCCUGGGAAGUGAUCAAAUGGACGAAGCUGAGGAAGAUCGGGGGGCAGACCUUUUCGGAAGUGGGAAAACGGAAUUUUGGGCGUCCGACAUGUUUUACCGUUUCUACUAGCAUUGUCUUUGGGACGUCCAAGGGAAUCACGUUGGUUUUCGAUUACCAACAGAAUCUCAAGACCAUAAUAGGACCGGGCACAAAGGCUGUCGAAUCCGGGGCUGUAACAUCUCUCGCAUUAUCGGCCGACCACUCAACCGUUGCGGUGGGCCAUGCUUCAGGCGACAUCUUCACCUGGGAGAUCUCCAGGGCUGCAAAGCCUUUCCUUCAUAUCCCACCGAUUCCAUCCAACCUAGUGGAGAACCGUCCUUCUGACGGACACAUAUCGGGAGUUUCGGUGGUCCACAUCGGCUUUCUGGGCACUAGGCGCACGGCUCUUGUGUCGGCGGAUGAACGGGGUAUGGCCUUUUCGCAUCUCGCAACCAGGGGAAUGGGUGCGGUUGGACGUACGGUCAAAACAACUCGGAUUCUCGGCCGCUAUCCUCUGGUGAUGGGGGACCUAGGUCGACCACGAAAGCCGAGCGCUGUCCUCGCAUUCUCCCCCCUUCCGUUGGGCAAUGUAGAGCAGUCGACCGAUAGCCUGGGCUUAGUCGCCAUGCUCACACCCUACCUCCUAGUGAUUGUGUCCACCACGCCUGUUGCGCAGACGCAACACAAGGCGUCACGCCCCAAGGAGGUGGCAAGCCACAGUGCCAUGACUGCAGCAUUGGCUUGGUUCCCGGCCAUCAAGUUGAAAGGCAAAGAGUCGCAGGUCUCCAAUACCAAGUUGGUGUAUUGCUGGUCCAACGUGUUGACGGUAUUGGAAGUCUCUACGAUCGAUCCGGACGAUUCCCGCCACAAGGAUAGACCUCCUAGUCUGCUGUUCAAACCGCGCAGCAGAUGGAAGGCGGAUGAGGCCAUUGUUGCCGUCCAGUGGCUAAGUCGGUCGGUCAUGGCGGUUUUGACCAUCACCCAGCAACUGCUGAUCGUGGAGGAUUACUCGAUGCGUGUGACCGAGUCGAUCGACCUCAUCCUCAGACACAUCUACCACGUUGACCUAUUUUCCUCGCAACUCCAUAGCCUGGUCGAGCAAUUUGAUGAGGAGGACACGUCGAUGCAUGGGGUAGUCGCCGACGCUUUCUACAUGAGCUUCCGCAGUUACAAGGGACGUCUUUUCCUACUGGGCUACAAUGAUCUCUCUGUGGGAAGCCUAUCGAACUGGGCGGAUCGGUUGCUAGCCCUGGUGGAGGCGGGAGACUUCAUCGGUGCCAUCCAACUGGCAAGCUCUUACUACCGAGGCGACGCGGAGACGCUCACCGUGGCUCUUCCUGAGGAGGCCGAGCUGCGCCACCCAAUUGUGCGCGAGAAACUAUUGGAGAUGAUCUCGGCCUCACUCCGAUACGCCUUUGGACACAACGUCGCCGCCAGCAACGCGCGGCUGGGCGACCAGCAGCUGGAAGAAUUAGCCAAGGCUUGCAUUUCCGCCUGUGUCUGCAUGGCUGAAUGGGAGUUUCUAUGGGACGAAGUCUUCAAUUGUUACGAAGAGAAUCAGGGCGCAGGCGUCUUUCUGGAUGCCCUGGAGGCGUACAUCGUGGACGGAACCGUUCGCUCACUGCCUCCCGUUGCUGUCAAGGCGCUCGUCAGCCAUUUUGCAGUAACCCAGACAGCCGGGCACUUGGAAGAGAUCAUUUGCCUUCUGGAUACCACUACGAUGGACAUCGACCAGGCCACAAGUCUGUGUAAGCAGCAUAAUCUGUACGACGCGUACAUCUACGUCUGGAACCGCGCUCUUGGAGACUACGUCAGCCCCCUCGAGGAGCUCUUGAGGCUCAUUCCAUCGCAGACCGAGCCCACCGCCGACGACGAUCAGUUGCAGGUGAUCAGGCAGCACACCAAUGCGAUGAAGAUGUUCCCAUACCUCUCCUUUGUUCUGACCGGCCGGGUGUAUCCCACCGGGAACGAAAUGGAGGAAAGCGAAGCAGGUCGAGCCAAGGCGGCGUUGUAUAAUUACAUCUUCUCUGGACAGCCCGCAGGUCUGGAAGGUCAACCGCGCCCAGAUAGUGGCUCUUUCUCCGUCCUCCGGACCAUAUUGCAAUUCAACACGUCCAGUUUCAUGAGCAUGCUUAACGAGGCGUUCGAAGACGGAUUCUUAAAUGAGCAGGAAAACGAAGACGCGUUGCAUCACGGCGCAUCGGUGAAUCGGCAAUACAUUCUGAGCAUUUUGCUGCAAGUGAUGACGACGAGUUCCUUUACGCCCCUUGAUACCAUUUAUCUCGAUAUGUUUAUUGCGCGCAACCUACCCAAAUACCCUCAAUACAUCCUUCUGUCCGGCAGCACGCUGCACCAGGUGCUUGUGCGCCUGUGCCAGUACCCAAGCGAGGAGAUGGUCGAGGACUGCGAAUUGAGUGCAGAGUAUCUGCUCUCGAUCUAUCAUCCGCCAGACACGCUGGGGCUAAUCCCGCUGUACAAAGAAGCCCGGUUCUUCCGGAUCCUGAAAUCGACCUACCGGUCGGAGAAGCAGUACGCCCAGUUGAUCCUCACCUACCUCGAGGACCCGCGUGAGCAACAGGCGGUCUUUACCGCGCUGCAGGAUUGUCUGCGUCCUAGCUCCGGACUGGGCAAGAAGCAAAGACGGGACGUGAUAGACGUGAUCAAGAGGCAUGCCGGCGAGCUAGCCAUGAUCGACGUGACGAGGUCGGCUCGCACCAUGCGGGAUCUUGCCCCCGAAACGCACGAGGCCUUCCUUGCGGCACUCGAGACGGAUACCUACCGGCAAUGGCAGUACUUGACAGUCCUGAUUGAGCCGUCCCCGGCAGCGGCGGCGGAGACAACAGCGCGUGCCCAGAGGAAAGGCAGCAACCCACAGAUGAUCGAACGCUACGUACAACUGUUAUGUCGGUACAACCCGGGCCAUGUGGCGGACUUUGUGGAUGCGCUGCAGGUGGGCGAUGUGCGGAUCGAGGAACUACUGCCGUGGAUCGAAGAGAGCGGCGUGGUGGACGCGGCGGUGAUCUUGCUCGCGCGACAGGGCCAGGUGCGCGGCGCGAUGGACCGGCUGAUUGCCCACCUGGGCACGCUCGAGGCCGGCCUGGUCGGCCUGCUGCAGAGCCUGGACGAGAGCCCGGACUCGGCGAGCGCCGACGAAGCGAUGGUGGACCUGGUCGCCUCGCUGAACAAGUACGCGCGGGUGGGCGUGUGGCUGUGUCAGGGCCAGACCAAGACGGCGAAGAAGAGCCCGCCGACGGCCGUUGCGCUCAAUGGGCGCCGGCGCGGGGUGGCCGUUCUGGACCAGCCGCUCGCGUUUGACGAGGGUCUGUGGCUGGAUCUGAUCGAGGGAGUGGUGCGGAUCGCCAGCAACGUCUUCGGCCAUCUUCCGUCUGGAAGGGCAGCCGAAGCAACGCAGCCGACAAUGCAACAGUCCCGCAGCAGCCGCACAGCUCGCUUGACCGAGUCUGUCCGUUCGCUGGUCCAGCAGGUCUUCACGGCCCUGCUGUCCAGCACGGUCCGCGGCAGCGGGACCGAAGCAGCGAUGUCGGCGACGACUUGGUCGACGGAGCGGACGGAUGUCUCGUUUCUACGGAUCCUUCGGGCCUUCCUCGGCCGAGCGGCGACCUGGUCGCCCUCGUUAAUGGAGUUGCGCGCGGUGUUGGGCUCCAUCUUCGCGGCGUACGCCUACGAAAAGACCCUGCUGGCUCUGGCGCACGGGAUGCUGGACAAGGACCUGUUCGUGCAUGUCGACGAGGUCACGGCGCGGCGGCAGCAGGGCUGGCGACCGCGCGGGCAGGCGUGCGAGCUGUGUCGCCGGCGCAUCUGGGGAUCGGGCGUUGGCCCUGCGCACUGGAACGCAUGGGAGCGCAGGCAGGAGGACGAGCGACAGCGGCGGAUGAUCGGUCAUGGCGACCCCGACCACGAUCACGAUGAGACCGAGACCACCACCACCACCACCACCACCACCACCACCUCGACGAUGCCUUUCUCUCAUCGUGAUCCUCUCCGGCACUCCACCGGCGCCGGGUCUCGGAGGGGAGGAGGCAAGGGCAAAGCUGCAGUCGCCACCACCGCCGCGUCGACAACCCAUCCGGAUCACACCUCCCUCCCUCUUGGCAGUGGCAGUCAGGAGAUGUCUUCCGAUGCCUCUGUCGGCCCCGUGGUAGUCUUCUCGUGUCGCCAUCUCUUCCACCGCGCCUGUCUGGUGGGCGCUGAUGUGGUCGAUGGAUAUGCAGUGGAAAUGACCUGUCCCACGUGUACAUAG